UUACAGAUGGCCUUGUGUUCCAAUUAACUGUCCUUUUUAAAACUGGGCUACUUUGGGCAUGUCACUUAAACUACCUGAGCCCUGGCUUGCCCUGAAUGUGAAUGGUGUUAAAACAGUUUCUUCAGAGUUGAUCUGGGAGAACCAGUCAUGUAACACACAUGGCUCAGCGGCUUCUCCUGAGGAGGUUCCUGACCUCGGUCAUCCCCAGGAAGCCCCCUCAGGGUGGGUGGACUUCCCUCACCUCUAGAACCCUGCAGACCCCGAAGUACAAUCCUGGUGGUCUGACAGGGACACCCAGCCCAGCCCGGACAUUACACACCACCAGAGUCUGCUCAACAACCUUUAAUGUCCAGGAUGGACCUGACUUUCAAGACAGAGUUGUCAACAGUGAGACGCCAGUUGUUGUGGAUUUUCAUGCGCAGUGGUGUGGGCCCUGUAAGAUCCUAGGACCGCGAUUAGAGAAGAUGGUGGCCAAGCAACAUGGGAAGGUGGUGAUGGCCAAAGUGGACAUUGAUGACCACACAGACCUUGCCAUCGAGUAUGAGGUGUCAGCUGUGCCUACAGUGCUGGCCAUCAAGAAUGGGGACGUGGUGGACAAGUUUGUGGGCAUCAAGGAUGAGGACCAGCUGGAAGCCUUCCUGAAGAAGCUGAUUGGCUGACAAGCAGGAAAGAGUCCUGGCUGCCCUUGCUUGCUGGAGCCUGUUUGGGGAGGAGCCUAGUAGAACUCCCAGCCCUGAGCUGUUAUUCUUCCUGCACUGCCCCUCUGUUUUGUCCCUGUGGGUCCAGCCUUUGGCAACAGAUCUCCAAACCUAGAAGCCACUGAUGCUUCAGAGCCAGCCCUCCGCCAGGGUGACCUGCAGAGAAACAGUGCUGCCAAUGGUGUGCGGUCCUCCUGUGUGCCUCCUACUGUCUGCUCCUCCUAGGCCUGUCACUGUUCCCCUAGAUGCUGAAGGAGCCUGGGCUAGCCUGGAGCCUGGCUGCAAGCUCAGUCCUUGUCCAUAUGGUCCUGAGUUCCUCUGAUCAAUCAGAACCACCAGCCCCACCCUCCUCCCUCUGGCAUUUUCCUCUCCUGUCCUUCUGUGAAAAGAAAAGGAAACCAGAGGCUGAACAAUGGAGAGUAAUGUAUACUUCUCUCAUUUUUUGUAGGUCUAUAAUAAAGAACUUUAUGUGACCCUUCUACCUCUUGCCAAGAAGAGCAAAGCCCAGCCCACACACCAUAGCUGUCCAUUCUCUCCCUUGUCCCCUCCCUGGGUUAGCUGGGCCUUGGUUCUGGUUCCCUGAGCAGGAGGAGGAGCUGUGAAUGAGUCAGACCAAUAAAACCAGGUUUGCACUGCCA